AUGUCUUCUCACUCUACUUCUGCGUCUUCCACUGCCGCUGCCAACCAGGCUCUCAUAGCUCUUGAAAAAAUGGAGUUGAGCCGGAAGAUUGCUCGCGAAGUGAAUGAUGCGAUUCGCGCCUAUGGGAAGGAGGCUUCCUAUGUCCCCCCUGGCCUGCUGUCACUUGCAGCAGAGAUCUUUCGCGCUCAGAGGCGCACCACACAAUUGGUGGAAAUACCGGACUGGACCCGUCUUGGGCACAAUCAGGACAUGUGCAUGAAGCACCCAUUGUACAGUAAGACAUUGGGUGAUGUACCACCUAUUGCGCCUGCAGCUCCUGCAACUGCACCGGUACCUACGCCUGCACCUGCGCCCACACCUGCACCACCACCUGCUCCUGCUCGUGCCCCAGCACCUGUGCCACAUGUCAGCAUUCGCAUGCCCAGACAUGCAGCAUCCGGUGAGCCUGCACCGGCAGGGCCGUCGAAAACACGGAAACAUCGCCUCAGUACCAGCCCUCCUUUGCCUCGUGCCAACCAGUCCCAGAAGCCUGUCAUCAAGUCGAAGGAGAACUUGUCUGACACUGACACUGACACUGAGAAGGUGAAGGGGAAGGGGAAGGCCAAGGCACCGGAAGUUGACGGCGAUGAGGAUGACGACUUCAUCAAUGUCGAUAAUCUUCUGGACAUCGAGCCCCAGAAAUCAACACGCAAGGCUGUCAUCCCUGCAAAAAAGCCAGGCACACUGAAGGCAAGUCGGUUGGUUGUGAGUGAGGGCAAUGAAGAAGUAGAUGAAUUGGAGGAGGAUGAAGAGGCACAAGGCAGAUCAAAGGCAAGGAAGCGACAAAAACUGUCCAUCCAGUCCAAGGGCAAGGGCACCGGCAGGAAAGCCAAGGUCCAAGAACAGCCCCCCACUGAUGGUUCUCUGCCGCCUUGUAACAGAUGCCGGGCGAAGAAGGUGGAGUGUUGCCCCUGGUUGACGAAGAAAGGCGAUGUCGCCUCGACUUGCUCGUUGUGCCACCUCUGGAAGAUGGCAUGCAUCCGGACCGAUACAGCGAGCGCCACCAUUGCCCCCACCACCAACACUGCACCCCCUGUGGCCGCAGUCACCACUCACUCUAAGACGACCCGGUCCAAAGCCACCGGAAAAAAGAUGGGGCAGAAAUCUAAUGUGAAAGGCAAGUCUUUUGCUUCCGACAAGACAAUCCGACAACCUAGUCCUAUCCAAGAGGAAGACGAGAGCGUCCAGAUGCUCGAUGGCACUGUGGAUGUGACGGGUGCCCAACAACAAUCGGCCCCUUUGGCAUCUGCAAACAAUUUCCCUCCUGAUCACUGGAUCGAGCCCGACAAUGACGAGUUGCCACCUCCACCUCCAUCACCGGCCAUGGCCUCAGAGGACGACAUCCGGUUCUCACCAUUACCUGUCGUUUACAGCCCGCCCUCCCCUACCACGCCUUCCGGACCCAGUCAAUCCACCCGGCACCCCCUUUCUCAUGACCAGAUGGAGGCCAUGUUGGCCCAAAUUUGUCUUGAGAUGGAGGAACUUCGUACAUGCGAUCAAUUGGAAAUCAACUUCCAGCAACUUCGCCUGGAGCGUCGAAUGGACCUCACAGAGGCAUCUGACAGCGCCAUGUCGAUGCAGAUUGAUCACAUCAAGCAGGAUAUGCAUGCGCAGCGUGCACUCCUCUCUGAGUGCACCGCCGAAGUAAGAGGCAUUGUCAGGUACCUCAGGGAGCAGAGAUCCGGUCAAGCGACAGCAUCAAGUCCACUGGCAUUCAAUCCACCCCCCAUCACAGCUCCCAGCCCAUCCAUCAGUGCGUUUGCCCGCACUGUGACCAACAAUGUCUUCACUCCGGAUGUAUCUUGGAUGGGUGCCCAGACCGGUGGUGAUACGUUUGGUGACACUGCAGAUGGCUCACCGGUCGCAAGGCACAACCAGGUGUCAUCCACCCCACCAACAUCCCGCCAUUGA